AUGCCUCUUCCAUUUAGUAGAUAUCUAUCCAAUUCAUUCCAACAUAGCCAAAAGCAUCCCAUAUUAUCAGACAGCAAAUUGGUGGUGUAUGAUCUAAAAGUGGACAGACCAGAGCUGCCUAUAGACUACGAAGAGACAGCCUGGAAUCGAUUGAAGGCUGCUAUUCACGCCAUUCAAAAGAACGAGCCAAGCUCAGAGAGCCUAGAAGUGCUGUACCAGCUUUGUGAGAAUCUAUGUCAAUACGAUAAAGCAGAAGCACUCUAUCUUCACCUCUAUGAGGAAUGCCGUCGAUACAUUGAGAGUCGAUUCCAGGAGCUGGCAAGUAAUACCAAAGAAGGAGGCGAGUAUUUGCAUGAUGUACAUUUACUGUGGAAGAGCUACUGCAAGCAAAUGACUCAAAUCCGAUGCUUGUUCUUAUAUCUUGAUCGCACCUAUAUAGCAUCGAACACCAAAACAGGAUCCAUGUGGAAUAUGGCAAUGGGUUUGUUUAGAGACAACUUCAGCCGAUACCAAGGCGUGUGGCAUAAAGUGCUGAAUAGCAUACUGGACAUGAUUCGCAUGGAGAGAAUCGGUCAAGCAGUGGAUGAGCUGUUAUUGCAGUCCAAUAUUCGCAUGCUGAUGGACCUCAGUCUAUACCACUCAGCCUUCGAGCAGCAGUUACUGAUACAGACACAACAGUUUUACGAUCAAGAAGGAGACAAACUACUGGAAUCCAUCAACAUAUUCGACUACCUCGAACAUGUAUCUACAAGAGUGCAUCAGGAAUCGAUUCUGCGUGUCAAGAGCUACUUUGACAAGUCAACGAAAUCGCAACUGCAAUCUAUUGUAGAAAAGGAGUUAUUGACGAAGCGAGUGGAAAGCAUAUUGGCCAAGUGCUUUGACUACUUCCAAAGCAUCAAUCACUUUCAAGACGGCGACUUUGACAAGUUUUCAUUGCUGUACAGAUUAUUGCAAAAAGUGGAUAAACUGGAGAUUUGCGCCAAAUACUUUACAAACUACGUCAAAAGCAAGGGAUCCUCUAUUCUUUGUGACAAGACGAGCAUUCAAGACAAGAUUAGCAUGAUAGCAGCAUUCGACUCUCAAAACGACGAAGUGGUGGAUCACAGUUUCGAGGGCGAUGAGCAAUUUGUGGAUGGAUUAAAGGACGGCACAGACUAUUUCAUCAAUUUGAGGGAGAAUAAUACCAUCAAGCUGUUGGCGAAAUAUACAGAUCAGGUCUUGCGAAACCCCGUAUUUGACCAAGAGUUGCUGGAGAAGGGCAUGUUCUUGUUUAGACAGCUUCAGGGCAAGGAUGAAUUUGAAGUGCUGUACAAACGAGACCUUGCAAAACGACUUUUAUUGAACAUCUCUCAUAAGAGUGCGGAAAAGAUGAUCCUCGCCAAGAUGAAGGUAGAAUGCGGCGCAGGUUAUACAGGUAAGAUGGAGGGCAUGGUCAAAGAUAUCGAGAAAUCAGGUGAACUGAUGAAGGAGUUCCACGAAUACAACAUGAAUACGCAGCCUGCGCUCAACAUCAAUGUCAAUCUACUGACAUAUGGAUUCUGGCCGUCGUAUAUACCCAUUAAUGUCAACUUACCGACCGCUUUCCAUCAAGCACAAGUAAUGUACAACACAUUCUAUCAAACGAAGUUCGAGAAACGAGUGUUGACAUGGCAAAACUCGCUCAGUGUAUGCGAUAUUACCGCCAACUAUCCCAGCGGCACCAAACAGAUCACAUUAACAUUGCUGCAAACCAUCGUCUUACUCUUAUUCAAUGAUACAACAAGGCAUGCCUAUUCAUUUACAGACAUUUUGAAUUGCAGUCAAUUAGAUGAACUAGAGCUCCGUCGCACACUUGUCUCUCUAUCAUGUAGUGAGUACAAGCUGCUACAGAAACACCCUCAAGGCGAUGACAUCAAGCCAACCGAUGUGUUUUCGUUCAAUUACGAGUUUUAUGCAGACAAGGAUCAACUGUCAAUGACAACGGCCACUCUCAGCGAGGUGAUAGAGAAGAAUGCAAGAUUGGAUACGACCGUCUUAUUUGCCAAGGACCAGCAAAUUGAUGCCGUGAUUGUGAGAAUUAUGAAGUCUAGAUCGACAGCUAGCCAUGGAUCUCUGCUGAAUGAAGUUACUGGUGUUGUUCGAUUUCCUGUCACUGCUCAAGAGAUCAAGAAGCGAAUCGAAGUGCUGAUUGACAAGGAAUACUUGGAGCGUGGACCUGAUGACACAUAUUCGUAUUUGGCUUGA